AUUUGGCAUGCGCAGAAGACAUAGGAAGAAGAGCAGCAGCGUUCACCGACGGCUAAAUAUUGUAAACAUUAGCACCCUGCGCGACGUAUCCCCGCCGGUGGCAUGGAAAUAUAAGGUUAACUUGAAGGUGUUGGACCAAACAUUGUUCUUCAGUGCAUGGACGCAAAGCCAAUGCGCAGGGUCACCAGCGCACGCCAAGACGCCACUGGAAUGGACAUCACCAGCCGCUGUACUCUGGGGGACCCCAACAAGCUUCCUGAAGGGGUCCCCCAGCCUGCACGCAUGCCCUAUGUCUCAGACAAACACCCACGGCAGACCCUGGAGGUCAUCAACCUGUUGAGGAAGCACAGGGAGCUCUGCGAUGUGGUGCUAGUGGUGGGUGCUAAGAAGAUUUACGCUCAUCGUGUGAUCCUGUCGGCCUGCAGCCCCUACUUCAGGGCCAUGUUUACUGGAGAGUUGGCAGAGAGUAGGCAGACUGAAGUGGUCAUUCGAGACAUUGAUGAGAGAGCCAUGGAGCUGCUCAUUGACUUCGCCUACACCUCACAGGUGACUGUAGAGGAGGGAAAUGUCCAGACACUGCUCCCUGCAGCCUGCCUCCUCCAGCUGGCUGAGAUUCAAGAGGCCUGCUGCGAGUUCCUCAAGAGGCAGCUGGAUCCGUCCAACUGUCUGGGCAUCAGGGCCUUCGCUGACACGCACUCCUGCCGCGAGCUGCUUCGCAUCGCAGACAAGUUCACCCAGCACAAUUUCCAGGAGGUAAUGGAAAGCGAGGAGUUCAUGCUGUUGCCUGCCAACCAGCUGAUUGACAUCAUCUCCAGUGACGAGCUGAACGUGCGCAGCGAGGAGCAGGUUUUCAACGCAGUGAUGGCCUGGGUGAAAUACAGCAUCCAAGAACGCAGGCCUCAGCUGCCACAGGUCCUGCAGCAUGUCCGUCUGCCCCUGCUCAGCCCUAAAUUCCUGGUGGGCACGGUGGGUUCUGAUCCUCUCAUCAAGAGUGACGAGGAAUGCAGAGACCUGGUUGAUGAGGCAAAGAAUUACCUGCUGCUGCCACAGGAAAGGCCACUGAUGCAGGGCCCCAGAACCCGGCCGAGGAAACCCAUCAGAUGUGGAGAAGUCCUUUUUGCAGUGGGUGGUUGGUGCAGCGGAGAUGCCAUAUCCAGCGUGGAACGCUACGAUCCACAGACCAACGAGUGGCGGAUGGUGGCCUCGAUGAGCAAACGGCGAUGUGGAGUCGGUGUCAGUGUCCUGGAUGACUUGCUGUACGCUGUUGGAGGCCACGACGGCUCAUCGUACCUCAACUCUGUGGAGAGGUAUGAUCCGAAGACCAAUCAGUGGAGCAGCGAUGUGGCCCCCACCAGCACUUGUCGCACCAGCGUGGGCGUCGCUGUGCUUGGUGGUUAUCUGUAUGCUGUGGGAGGACAGGAUGGAGUUUCCUGUCUCAAUAUUGUUGAAAGGUAUGAUCCUAAGGAGAACAAAUGGACUCGUGUAGCCUCCAUGAGCACCAGGCGGCUUGGUGUAGCCGUGGCCGUGCUGGGAGGAUUCCUUUAUGCAGUAGGAGGGUCCGAUGGGACGUCCCCAUUAAAUACAGUUGAACGCUACAACCCUCAAGAAAACCGCUGGCACACUGUGUCCCCCAUGGGAACCAGGAGAAAGCACCUGGGCUGCGCGGUCUACCAGGACAUGAUUUAUUCUGUCGGAGGGAGAGAUGACACCACGGAGCUGAGCAGUGCUGAGCGAUACAACCCCAGAACCAACCAGUGGUCUCCUGUAGUGGCUAUGACGUCCAGGCGGAGCGGGGUGGGCUUGGCGGUGGUGAAUGGUCAGCUGAUGGCAGUAGGAGGCUUUGACGGGACAACGUACCUCAAAACUAUAGAAGUCUACGACCCAGACGCCAACACAUGGAGGUUAUAUGGAGGAAUGAACUACCGCCGGUUAGGAGGAGGGGUGGGCGUCAUUAAAAUGACUCACUGUGAAUCCCACAUUUGGUAAAGCCUCCGCCCUGCCCCCUCCCUCCUCCCCUCCUCCCCUCCCUUCCCUCCCUUCCUCUGCUCACACACUUUCCUUCUCAUCACGCUGCAGUGGAUGCUUUUUUUUCUCCCCACCGACUCUCGUGCCUCCAGAAGAGACGUUGCGAUUCAAGCGAGGGUGAGAGAACUGUGGGAGGAUGUGAGAUGGAAAAGAGGGACAAACUUUUGAACUCUGGUUCUCCCCCAGUCCUCACUCCAAGGCCAUUAACUUUAAAUACAUUGGUGGUCUUCACACCAAGUGCACUGAGAGCAGAAGUCUACCAACUACCAUUAAACUUCCAGUUUGGAGAGGACGGUCCUUCUCCUGCGACCUCUCCAAGUUUUCAUCCUCCGGCUGUUGGGUUCUGGAUUUAAAACGCUUUCGGCAGGUGGAGCCCCCUCCCCCCAACCCAACCCAACACAACCUCGACCACGAUUCCUGCCAAGGGAGAUUAUCUGAUCUUCAGAGGAACUAAAAAGUUUAAAGUCCCCAAAAUAAUUCUGGCUGUUGCCCACCACCCACCGAGUUUGCCCCAGCAAACCGCCUCUCUGCUGAGACACUGGUUAUUUGGAGACAGAACAUCGCAAAAUAACACUCACUGUGUUCUCUGUUGGCUUUAGGCUUUGAAUCAUACAUCUCAGCUGUGACUGUUACAUCUCUGGGCCAUGCUUGUAGCAUUAAACACUAAAGAAAGAAAAAGAAUCUGUGGUGCAGUUUCCUUCUAAAGGCAUCUGCAUGUUAAGCUGGAAAUCCAGAGGAUAAAAAUCUGGUUUAUUUCACCAAAAAAUGGUGACGACGGUUAGCGAGGAGAACGAUGUUACUGAACGGGACUCUUUGUCGGGUUGUUAACUCGUUUCAGUUCGGAUAGAGUAGUCGGAGGAAUAUAUUUCACCCCUCAGUGGAAAGCAACACAAAAGUCAUCCGGCUGAGACGCUGUUUUAUUGCCGACUCCAGAAAACGGCAGCAUUUAAAAGCCUGGCUGCAUUGCGCCGCCUGCCCCAGCAUGGCUUAGUGUACGCAUUUUCAGAAAGGCUCUCUUUAAUUCAUUCACGCCGUUGCUCUCUGUGUAAAGAAAGAACAGGGUUUCAAAGUGGUUCACACACACCUGGGUGCAAUUGUGAGAUGACUGUUUUGGAAAACCACGCAAAUUGUUCCCCGUUCCAGAGGUGCACCCUGUCGGAUGAUCCAGUCGGGCUUUGCUGGAUGCGCUCCGAGGCCUUAGCAGCAGAGGGGAACUUUACAGGCGCUUUGAAAGAUAAAUCUGGGCGCACUCUGUGUUUUUGUUGCUGUCAACAAACUCUGCGAAAAGAGCAGAACAAAGAAAUGUUUUUCCAACGAGGGGAAAUGGUUCAAUUGUGCUUAGGUUGUUGAACUGCAUUCAGCAGCAUGGUCACACAUUUUUUGGUGCUUUUAGUGCAUAGAUCCGACAGCAGAACAGCUUAGUCGAAAGAUGGAGUCAAAAUCAACCACUGUGUGUCCGUGUCUUCGUGGUAAUGAAGUCACUCGGUGCAACUUUGUGGCUCAUUCGUGUGUUUUUGGUCAGAAGUAGCACAGAGGAAGAAAGACAUUUCACACUUUCAAUACACACACAAUCCAGUUCACUGGUUCUUUGGAUGGAACUUGUUAAUCACACUAAAAAUACACAUUAUUAUCAGACUCACCGUGUAAUUGGAGUUUCCAUAAGUUGUAAAUAUAAGGUGUUAUAAUUCAAACGCGCGGUUAAACCCCUGCUUAUUAGCUAAACACACAUCCCGGUGUGUUGCGCCUGAUUUUAGCGUCUCGUCACGAGAGCUCAGAGGAGAUAUCGGAAUAUUCUGCUCAGAUGCUCAGUAUGAUGGAACAGAAGGAAAGUCAAAGUGUAGCCCACGGUGCAAUAAAUAGUUCAGCCUUGCAUUAGACAAAAAGUCCUAUCGACUUGACUCACUUAAGCAUCUGAAAGAUAGAUUUACCACUGUGUAGGCAGCGUCAAGGCUCACACACGGCCAUGAGUUAUUUAUAAAUAUCUGAGAAAGGACAGCGCUCUCUAGCCAAAGGAUGUUAUAAUUCAGGAGGGUUGGCGUUGAAGCCUGAAGCACCACGCUGUCAAAAAGUCACGCAGCUGUUUCUUUGUCAGACUGUAGGGGGAUCAAGUUUUUACACUUACAGCUGCAAUCCAUGAGGUCCCUGUGUAGUAGUUGGUGGUGGUUGCUCACACAGCCACUGGCUUUAGAGGGGUGGCUGUUUAGUUCUGUUGUUUCAUGCUCUGCUGUAACGCAGCAUAACAGCACCACCUGCUGGAGGGCGUCCACAGUGCGGCGCUAAUUGACAAUGGGUGGUAAACCGUUAAUGAAGCUUAAGGCAACACGCAUGGUGAAAUUAGGUCGGAUGAAUCUUAUCAGAAUUUAUUGCACUGUGAUUGGAAAUCUGUUUUAGAUUUUAUAUAUAUUUUUUGUUUCUUAAAUAUAUUUUAUAAAGUUUUUUGGGGGGGGGACUCAAAUCAUCAGCAGUGAGCUAGAGAGUCAGACAUUUCAGGCGUCAGGGUGCAGGGCAGAGGUGGAUUUAUUCCCUCAGUGCGACACUACAAUUUGAGCCCGCACUUUAAACUGUCCGCAAGCAACGCGCUACCACAGCAGAAGCUGUGCAGGUGCAGGUGUGACGCGUUAUUUUGACUACAUUUUCAAGAUCAAGCUGGUCUGGACCAGGAAGACGGUUUUCACGUUCAGCAGAAUGGCAGUUUUUAGAUUCGGUUUAGUCCUUUGUGCUAUUAAGGGGGCUGAAGUAGCAGGGUCACGGUUACUCCAGAUCUCGUAGUUACCGUAUGCAGAACUUAAAAAUGAAUGUUUGUGCUUUGGGAAGCUCACUUGACAUGUUAAAUAUGACCAUUUCAUGCAUUUUUUUAAUCUUAUUAUUUGUAUUUGUUGAUACUGACGAAAGGCUGUGCAGCAUGUCUUACAUGUGUAUUUGGUUGUGGCCCGGUUGCCACUUUCUGAACAAAACGUUAAUGCUGUCUGACCAGUGGUAUUUACCUGCCUCUUGAAAUCUCUCCUAAGAAUGUGUUUUUCACUGCCACUGGAUUACAGGGAGAUCCCACUCAGUUUAAGAUCCGUAUGUGCAGUUACUUUGGUCCCGGGACAGACACUUAUUGGCCUGUAGAAGCAUAUUUAUAUUCUAAUGAACCCGUCAUUUCCAUUUAGUACAUUGUGUUUUAAACCCUUUAUUUAGCAAAAGGAUGUUCUAAAUCUAUAGAGGAGCUGUUUGUCCUUAAUGAUGAUUCUGAGAGCAUAACAUCCCCUGCUGAUGAGUCUGGUUCACUGGGUCCCAAACUGAGUGGAAUUUCCCUUUAAUCAUGUAAGUUACUAAUGAUGCAUUGUGAUUGUCAGCCAGCCUCCAGUCAGUGGCCUGUAUCCAGAUAUCUCAUUUUGAGUAGCCUCCGUGCAGUCUGUCCAGAAUUUUUCUUUUCAUGGAUCAUGGAGCCAGCUCUUUGCUGUGAUCACUGCAGCAGCUUUGGACUCUAAUGCUCACUAUGACAAGGAUUAAACCUUCUCCCUGGAAGAAAAUUAAAAAAAAAACAAGGUCUCAUUCUUUGUGAAAUCUACUGGAAUUCAGGAAAAAGAAUAAUAAAUGUAUGUAUGAGGAGCCAAGGGUAAGGCAGUAGCUAA